AUGUCUCGCCGUGCUGCCUCCCCCGCGGAGUCGGAGAACGAGUUCGACAUUACCAGUGCCCUCUUUGAACAUGACAGUGACUCCGAUGAUGCCGUAAAGCCUCCAAAGAAGAAAAACCAAAACCAGAAGCCCGUGCACGAAGAUUUUGACUUCCUAGGCGAAGAUGACGGCGAUGCGGCUUUCAUUGCAAACCAGCAAGCGUCUGCCAACCGAAAGGGCUCCAACCUUAAAGGCCGCACGGUGAAGAAGGGUGGUGGUUUUCAGGCAAUGGGUUUGAGUGGUUUCCUGCUCAAAGCCAUCGCCCGCAAAGGAUUCUCCGUGCCCACACCAAUUCAGCGAAAGACCAUUCCCGUGAUUAUGGAUGACAAGGAUGUUGUGGGUAUGGCUCGAACCGGUUCCGGAAAGACUGCGUCGUUCGUUAUUCCCAUGAUCGAGAAGCUGAAGAGCCACAGCACUGCUUUCGGUGCACGUGCUCUCAUCAUGUCCCCAUCUCGUGAAUUGGCUUUGCAAACGAUGAAAGUUGUGAAGGAAAUGGGCAAGGGAACAAACCUGACAUCAGUACUCAUCAUUGGUGGUGACAGUUUGGAAGAUCAGUUUGGAAUGAUGGCCAACAACCCCGAUAUCAUUAUCGCAACACCCGGUCGAUUCCUGCACUUGAAGGUUGAGAUGGAGAUGGAUUUGUCUAGCAUCAAGUAUGUCGUCUUCGAUGAGGCUGACAGACUGUUCGAAAUGGGUUUCGCUGCCCAAUUGACCGAGAUUUUGCACGGCCUGCCGUCCGCUCGUCAGACUCUCCUUUUCUCUGCUACAUUGCCCAAGUCUCUUGUCGAAUUUGCCCGCGCUGGUCUGCAAGAACCCAGUCUAAUUCGUCUCGACACUGAAAACAAGGUCUCUCCUGACCUACAAAACGCCUUCUUUGGAGUCAAGUCUUCGGACAAGGAAGGUGCCCUGCUAUACAUUUUGCACGACAUUAUUAAGAUGCCCGUUGGCGAGACAGACAUCGGCAGGAGAGUCCGCCAAGAAGCAGAAAACCCGUCGAAGAAGCGCAAGAGAUCAGAUGUCCGUCGCCCAAGUGGCUUCAAGGAGUCACCUACCAAGCACUCUACCAUUGUGUUCGCUGCUACCAAGCACCACGUCGACUACCUUUACUCCCUGCUGGUUGAGGCAGGCUUUGCCACUUCUUACGCCUACGGUUCCCUGGACCAGACCGCACGUAAUCAGCAUGUCCAAAACUUCCGAUCAGGCAUCUCGAACAUUCUGGUUGUCACUGAUGUGGCCGCCCGUGGUAUCGAUAUUCCUGUUCUUGCCAACGUCAUCAACUACGACUUCCCCUCACAGCCUAAGAUCUUCAUUCACCGUGUCGGUCGUACAGCUCGAGCUGGCCAAAAGGGUUGGAGUUAUAGUCUUGUUCGCGACAAGGAUUGCCCCUACCUUCUCGAUCUUCAACUAUUUUUAGGACGCAGACUGGUCAUUGGCCGCCAAUAUGGAACUGAGCUAAACUAUGCUGAGGAUGUGGCUGUGGGAACAUUGCCAAGAGAAGCGAUCUCUCGCUCUUGCGAGUGGGUGCAGAAGGUCCUCGACGACGACAUGGAUAUUCUCGGGCAGAAGCAAGUCUCCCAAAAGGGAGAGAAGCUGUACCUACGUACCCGUAACUCGGCAUCUGCUGAGAGUGCGAAACGGUCGAAGGAAGUUGUUUCCUCCGAGCACUGGUCCGAGAUUCACCCGCUCUUCAACGACGCAGCCAGCGCGAUGGAAGUUGAGCGAGAGAGCAUGCUGGCCCGCAUUGGCGGUUACCGGCCACAAGAAACGAUUUUCGAAGCGAACAACCGACGAGGCGGCAAGGUCGCCGAUAACGAGGCUGUCGACACCAUUCGACGACUCCGCACUGGCGUUGAGAACAGGAGAAAGCGCGCGGAUGCCAAGGCAGAGGCUGAGUUAUCUGCGCUCGGAAUGCCCACUGGCGAGGAUGGCCAACCCAGGCCGGAUGACGACGAUGUUCCCGACCAACCUGGCGACAACAUGUCUGAAGCAUCCGAAGAUGAGCUGGAGGUUACUUUCUCCGCCUACAACUCAAACAAAGCCAACCAAGGAGAAAAGAAAAGCGCCGCGGCAGCAUUCCAAAAUCCCGACUACUUCAUGGGCUACAAACCUCAGCACAACGACAUGGCUGAAGACAAGGCAUACGGUGUUCACUCCGGUACAAACUCGAACUUUGCCUCCGAUUCUCGCAAUGCGACCAUGGACCUGAACGGUGACGAAGGCAAGCGUGGCUUCGGUGAAGCGCGCUCCGUCAUGCGCUGGGACAAGCGUCACAAGAAGUAUGUUGCCCGUCAGAACGACGAGGACGGAUCCAAGGGCGACCGUCUCGUCCGCGGAGAAAGUGGAGCCAAGAUCGCCGCCAGUUUCCGCAGCGGUCGCUUCCAGGCCUGGAAGAAGGGCAAGCGCGUGGAGCGCAUGCCUCGCGUUGGUGAAAACGAGACUCCGGCUAUGAACGCCACUCAAUCCCGCAUGGCGACAGGCCGCUUCCGACACACCCAAGACCGGGCACCUAAGCGGGCGGAUCCUCUGCGCCGCGACUACGACAAGAUGAAGAAGAAGAACGAUGCCGCGCGUGAGCGCCAGCAUGACAAGCUGGGCGGCGCGGCAUACGGCGGCAAGAGCGAGCUUCGGUCUACGGAAGAUAUUCGCAAGGCACGGAAGCAGCAGCAACAGCGCCGCGACAAGAAUGCUCGGCCGGCGAAGAAGAGACGGUGA